CUUGCGUUGACUAGCAAUUUCCGUAAGCCUUCGCGCUUAUUCUGGCACUAUCCUAAGAAUGCGGUCAUGAGCCUGCAGAAUGGAUAUAAAGCAGAGUCUGUUGACCUUCGCUUCCCACUGACUAACGACUAUACAACACUCGCAUAACUCGGCAUAGCUCUUCUGCUCCUGACCGCACUUGUCUCUUACCACAUGUCGCUCGUCAAUUUCUUCAACAACGACCCAUUCUUCUCCGAGUUUGACCGCCUCUUCGACGAGGCGUUUGCUCGUCGCACCGGCGGUGGGAACACCCAAGUCCAGCGUCAGUCUGGCAACGACGCGCCGCGCGUUCUCCGCCCAAGGGUUGAUGUACACGAGGACAAAGAGAAGAACGUCGUCACCGCGACGUUCGAGCUCCCUGGCAUCAACAAGGAGAACGUGAGCAUCGAUGUGCAGGACAACCUCCUCACCGUCUCAGGCGAGACAAAGUUUGAGUCGAACCGCGACGAGAAUGGCUACGUCGUCCGGGAGCGUCGCUUCGGCCGCUUCUCGCGUUCACUCCCUGUCCCUCAGGGUGUCAAGCCUGAGGAGAUCAGGGCGUCGAUGGACAACGGUGUGCUCACCGUAACGUAUCCGCGCCAGACUGCAGAGCAGCUCCCGAAGCGGAUCACCAUCUCAUAAAUGCGGACUUGGAGAUUCCUCACAUCAACUGUAGCAUACCCUCGUCGACAUGCUUUCGCUGUAUCACUGUAUGGUUCCGUUUCAAAUGAUCAAAUAGUCUCUUAGCAUAUCGGAUUGUAUUUACCUCCAAUUUUUCAGUUACAAGCAAAGGUUGGAGGCGUGCCGGACCGAAGUAUUACGAUGAUAGCGUGGGAAUUGAGCGACGAGACGCGUCGCGUUGAUAGGCAUAUGACCGCGUUAAUUUCGCUGUCCCACCCUAUAGAGCCCUCCUCGGAUGCAGUAUUGCCGCGACCUUGACUGCUACUACUGCUACCACCGUUUUUUUCAUUGCAAACAUUCGAACGAAUACUACGGUCACGGUGCAUAACCAGACGGCAAAGAGAGCGUUGACUUGGCAAGAGGUUUUUGAAGCCUCGACCGGACAUCCGGAUAGCAUUCGAAAGGAUACAACACCCUGGAGACCAACUACGUAUUCUCCAGGCGACACUUAAAGUCGAGUAUCUGGCGUUCCAGAGAGUAUCACGAUCCACAAGGAGCGAGCUAUCAGGCUUUACCGUCUAGGCGCACAAGAUCUGGACGACGUCCAUUUGUCAGAUGGGUUGUACAAUCUCAACAUUGGAUGCUAUUUCAACUCGUACAAGGAGCGUGCUGUAGAAUGGAAAGCAUGUGAGAUUCACGGAGGCCCGGCCAAGUACUGGAAAUUCCUGAAAGCGGAGUCAAAGUGUCAAGGUGCACCUCCGAGCAAUCUCCUCCCCUAUGACUACAGCCAGAGACGCAAGUACGAUCUCAACCUCCCAUAUCCA